AUGUCUCUCAAAAACCUCUCUACGAGUAGUGUUAUCGCUGGCGGUACCAAAAUCCUGCAAGAUGGCAGAUUUGCCGCCGCGAAAUACAGCAUUCCGGUCAUUGAGAAGUCCGCAAACAUGACUGCCCAGGCGGCUCAGUGGACCGUUGAAAACCCAGUACUAGCCGGCGCCGUUGUCGGUGCAGUUGUCGGUGCUACUGUCAUCGCGGCCCCCACCCUCAUAACAGCGCCAGUCCUGUCGGCUGCGGGAUUUACACCUGGUGGUAUUCAGGCGGGUUCCGCUGCGGCCGUCGUUCAAAGCAGUGUUGGGAAUAUUGCGGCUGGAAGUUACAUGGCGAUUGCGCAGAGCGCCGGGGCGGGUGGGAGUGGCCUUGCUGUUGUCAACGGAGCUACACAGUUGGGAGCAGCUGCGGUGACGGCGGGCAGCGCAGGCUUUGCUUGGGUCAAGUCUAGAAUGUAA